GCGAGGGCCGCGGAGGCCAUCUUGUGGCCGCUGAGCCCGCUGCCCGCCCGGCCCCGCCGUCGCUUAGCAACGGGGAGCUGCGCGGCAUGGCGGCUUGGCGCGCGCGGCGGGACCUCUGGAGGCCGUGACUGGGAGCUGUGGUUCCAGGACAAAGAAGCACCCGGCUUCUAAUCUAGAAGCAAAGAUGCAGAUGCUAAUGCCCGAACCUCAGAUUUUUGUGGAAAAAACACUGGCUCUCAUCAAACCUGAUGUUGUAGCUAAAGAGGAAGAGAUAGAGGAUCUCAUCCUCAGAUCUGGAUUCAUGAUUAUCCAGAAACGGAAGCUCCAGUUAAGCCCAGAGCAAUGCAGCAUCUUUUAUGCAGACCAGUAUGGAAAAAUGUUUUUUCCUAAUUUAGCAGCCUAUAUGAGCUCUGGACCUUCAGUUGCUAUGGUUCUUGCCAGACAUCGUGCAGUCUCAUACUGGAAGGAAUUGCUUGGACCAUCAAACAGCAUAAAAGCUAGGAUGACUCACCCUCACAGUUUAAGAGCGAUCUAUGGGACUGAUGAUCUGAGGAAUGGACUUCAUGGCAGUCUCAGCGUAUUCUCAGCAGAAAGAGAAAUUCGAUUCAUGUUUCCAGGAGUGAUCUCGGAGCCAAUUCCAGCUGGACAAAGAGCUAGAGAUUACUUGAAUCUUCACAUAAAACCUACGUUACUAGCUGGGCUCACUGCACUUUGUAAAGAGAAGCCAGCAGAUCCAAUGACGUGGCUCGCUGACUGGCUGAUGGAACACAGCCCUAACAAACCUAGGUUACAACAUUACAUCGCUGAAGAAGAACACCAGGAGUGAGAUCUCAGUGGAAAUCAUCUCAAGUAUUCCAAGUUACAGACAGAUGUCAUCGUUUUCAUUGUAUCUCUGGGCAAUUAAUAUUAUUUGAAGUAAAUGUUACUGUCGUAACUACUCUCGUGUCUUUAUGGAAUCCUUACUCUUAACCAGAAUUUAAAAGCUGUAGUAACUUUUCUAUUGACUUCGAGAAUGUAGACUAAUGUAAUAAAUCUACUGUGUCAGGUGAUUAGAGAAGGGUGAAAUUAUCUUCAGGUGUUACCUGAGCUGCUAUUUUCUCUAAUUAUCUUGGUUUGGCUGUCUGGGGAAAAUAAAAUCAUUAAGACAAUCGCAGAUUCCCAAAUGACCUUCAGCUGUUCUAUACUUUGUUAAGCAGACUUGUUUCCAGUACUUUUUUAGGAGACACAAAUUGCUGCUGAGAGGAGGUACCUGAAUGUAAGUUAGAAAACAGACAUUGAGGCCAUAUUACCAACCUGAGAAAUAUGGUUGUUGAUUGCAUCACUGAACUAUGGCAACUCCUAAAGUGGUGACUUGAGACUGAUGUAUUUUGACAAAAUAAUUUGGAAUCUGAAUUAAGGGUGCCUUGAAUGUACGUUUUCCAUCUCCGUGACAAAAGGCACAGUGGCUAUAAAUCAGUCUCUAAUUUCUAUUAGAAGUCACAAGAGGUGUGUUUUAGGGACUAAUGCUGAUGUUAUUUCCAAUAUUUGUUUAAAGAAAGGUGCUUAAACGCAACAGCUCGUAAUAGGGGUGUUUUUCUGUGCUCAUCUGCUCUUAAAAGCUAUGCUGAUUUCUGUUGUUUUCCUUGUAUUGUAGUUUACAUUUGAAAUUUACUGUUUUAUUUAACAGUUUCAAGGGGAUGGGUUAGGGGCUAUGCUGUUCAACAAGCAGUGGUUAAUCCUGUACUCUAUUUCUAAUUGGACUGGUUGGGAGAGGGCAGGAGGCUUUUUUGUUUUCUUCAAAGCUGUAUUUGCACUGUUAACUUCAAACUUUGUAUCUUACGGUUUUCCUGGGUUGUGAGGGGAAAGCAUUGGCUCACAGUUCUGAAACUUGAGUAGUUUUAACUUGUACUAACACAAAGUCAGAGUUUGUUUUAUGGCAAACAUUGCUUCUCAAACUUGAGUAAUUAGCAGCAAUUUGAGCCAUUUAUCUGUAAUAUUAAACUUUUUCUAAGCUAAUCAUUUGUAUCUUCUAAGAGAACUGAUCCAUCCUUGCCAUUUCAGAUAACCAACCUCUACAAAAAACAAAACGAAAAACACAACAGCCUAACGCUCAGAUGUGAAGAAAAAACAACACGGUCAUUAGAAAUACAGCAAACAGAUCUCUUUAUAACUAAUUUCUCUUGCCCAUAAUUAUUGUUCCCUACACGUGUCUGAUUGCUGCAAUUAUAGGACAGUUGUGCUUUGUGGUUUCCUGUUAGCCAAACCAAAGCAUUUCUAUAUUGAACAUGCCAGAAGCUAAAAUCCAGUGUAUUCACAGUGUGUUCUCCUUCGCUUUUGUCAGUUACUGAGGUGUUUGCUUACUUUCUUAGAUGUGUCACAGUUUGACAAUAAAUAUCUCCUUUAUGGCACUGUUGGAGCUCUGUUUGUCUUUUGCAAUAGACCUCUGUUACGUCAUACCUAUAGAAGGUUUGUAGAUGCUGCAGUGAGUGUCCGGGUCCUAUGGUACACUGGAUGUGUAGGAAAAAAGGCAAAACUAGCUGGAGUUGCAAAUGU